AUGUGUGUGUGUGCGGGCUGCCGGGCUUCCCCGAGCCGGCGGGGAGCCGCUCCGCUCCAGGUGGCGGGCGGCGGGAGCGAGGGAGCGGACAUGGACUUCGACUCGUACCAGCACUAUUUCUACGACUAUGACUGCGGAGAGGAUUUCUACCGCUCCACGGCGCCCAGCGAGGACAUCUGGAAGAAAUUCGAGCUGGUGCCGUCGCCCCCCACGUCGCCUCCCUGGGGCUCCGGUCCCGGCGCCGGGGACCCAGCCUCUGGGAUUAGUCCCGGGGAGCCGUGGCCCGGAGGGGGUGCCGGGGACGAGGCGGAAUCUCGGGGCCAUUCGAAAGCUUGGGGCAGGAAUUAUGCUUCCAUCAUCCGUCGCGACUGCAUGUGGAGCGGCUUCUCCGCCCGGGAACGGCUGGAGAGAGCGGUGAGCGACAGGCUCGCCCCAGGCGCGCCCCGGGGGAACCCGCCCAAAGCGCCCGCUACCUCGGACGGCACUCCCAGUCUGGAAACCAGUAACCCGGCGCCCGCCACGCAGUGUCAGCUGAGCGAGCCCAAAACCCAGGCCUGCUCCGGGUCCGAGAGCCCCAGCGACUCCGAAGGCGAGGAAAUCGAUGUGGUGACUGUGGAGAAGAGGCGGUCUCUGGACAUCCGAAAGCCGGUCACCAUCACCGUGCGAGCAGACCCCCUGGACCCCUGCAUGAAACACUUCCACAUCUCCAUCCACCAACAACAGCAUAACUACGCCGCCCGCUUUCCUCCAGAAAGUUGCUCUCAAGAGGGGCCUCCAGACAGGGGUCCCCAGGAGGAGGCUCCGGAGAUAGAAGCUCCCCAGGAGAAAGAGGAGGAGGAGGAGGAAGAGGAGGAGGAAGAGACUGUGAGCCCCCCACCGGUGGAAAGCGAAGCUCCCCAGUCCUGCCAUCCCAGACCUGCCAGUUCUGAUACUGAGGAUGUGACCAAGAGAAAGAACCAUAACUUCCUAGAAAGGAAAAGGAGGAAUGACCUCCGAUCACGAUUCCUGGCCCUGCGGGACCAGGUGCCCACCCUGGCCAGCUGCUCUAAGGCCCCCAAAGUCGUGAUCCUAAGCAAGGCAUUAGAAUACUUGCAGGCUCUGGUGGGGGCUGAAAAGAAGAUGGCUACAGAGAAAAGGCAGCUCCGGUGUCGGCAACAGCAACUGCAAAAGAGAAUUGCGUACCUCAGUGGCUACUAACCCACCAAAAAGCCUGACCUCCCUGUCCUACAGACACAAGUUUAUUUUUUAACCUCUCUCUCCCUUUUAGUAAUUUUGCACAUUUUGGUUAUGGCGGGGCAGCCUGGACAGUAGUAGAUCCCAGAAUGCAUUGCAGCCAGUGCACACACAAUAAGGGCUUGCAUUCUUGGAAACCUCGAAACCCAACUACUCCCUCUUCCCUGAUUCACGGGAGCACUGUCCUUCUCUGGCGCCAUUGGCUUCCCAGCAGGCAGCUGACUGAGGAGGCUUGGGAUCUGCCUAGCUCACCAGCUCUGGGAGGAAAGGCUGACAGAUGCUAUGCAACAGGUGGUGGACGAUGUCAGAGCUGCAGCCUGCAUGAAAUCUCAAACUGUGCUGGAGCUUUGGGCUAGGAAAAGAUGCUGCUCUCACUGCUGUCUCUGGGGAUGAUGCAAGGACAGCUGGGCCUGGAUGCUGUCCCCGAGGCUCUGUUUUCCAGGAGACAAGCAAGCUGUCCUGGGUGAAGACGAGCUCACCGACUUGAUUAGCAUGGACCAUUACCUCACUGUCAGACACUUUACAGUAGCUGAGGAGUGGAAACCUUGAAGCUAUAUUAGGCUGUUAGGCCACGCCCUUCCCUCCACACUCAAUGCCAUGACUUUGAGAAGGGCUUGGCCUGUAGAGUCUUUGUCUCAGAGCUCUCUGGGCCUUUCAGAGAGGGACCUUUCUAUCCUCACAAGGGACUUUUUUGUUUCCUCCUGCCUUUGUUAUGCAAUGGGCACCACAACACCCUUUCACACAGACCAGAAAUAUUUCCCCAGGACUUAGGGGAAUGGGGCAUAGCCUGAGGCCUGGGGAAAGCAUGGCAUCCUGGUUCAUGAACAGCGUUCCUUGCCCCGUGUUUUCUGCAGGGCCAUUUGAAGCCCAGCUUGGAACUUUUUCUCAAGGCAGAUGUGUGGUCCCUGGGAAGGAAGAACCCUACCACUUCCUCUUUCCCACCUGCCUCUCAUGUCUAAAUUCUGCUGGAACGGCGCAAACCUGUCCUUCUCAAGCAACUCCAAGGGGUUUGCUGACUCUGCGGCCGCCAUCCCGGUUCUCUGCCAGUCACAUCCUUUCCCCAGAAUUUGGGCCUUACAGAGAGACUGAGAGGGGAGCUGCUUGGGGUCACGGGGUGGGUGCCUCAGAAGGUGCUCUUACUUCCUAGUGGGUUGUCAGGGUGCACUGCUCUCGACAGGCCACAAUAGCAUCGGCUCCAGCUGUGUUCUCCAGCUCCUGGUGGAAUCUAGGCGCCGCCUUCAAUCUAGGAAAGUCACCCAAGCUAGCAGCCGGCAUGGGAGCAUCCUCAGGAGAUCCUAAGCUUUGCCUGGAAGAAGAGUCUACCUUUCCAGAACUCUGCCCCAGAAGGCAGAUUCCUUCCCGUGGGCCCUGGGUUUGGAGCUAGGAGAACAGUGCCGGGGACAGAUGGACAGUAAAUGCUACCUGCGGCGCUCAAAAACCAUCUACCACUUCCAAAUCAGCUGCGGACAGAGAUUGGCCUUUGCAUUGCUUCUUGGCCGAGUCCUAAAGGAAGUUUUGGAAGUGGCUGUUCUACCUGCUGGGGCAGGACUUCCAGGCACCAAGGGACUCCUGGAACUAUCUUAGGAGGACAAGUGGGAAACAGGCUGAAGUCUCAUCUGAAUGGCUUAUGUUUUAUAAGCUGCUGUUGGGUUCUAUGCUGGGGGCGCCUUUUUUUUUUUUAAUACUGUAUUUUUGUAUGCUUUUUGCAAAGUGGUGUUACCUGUUUUUGUACAAGGAAAAAAAAAACCUCCUGUUGCAAGAGUCUGGUUUAUUUUGAAAGGCAAGUUUACCUGGAAUUUUGUAUUUAGUUGUAAUCAUUAAUUGCUUGAUUUUAAACUGUUGCCUUC